AUGGCUCGUAUGCACCACAUCGAAGCUUCAGAUCGUUCAAAACUGAGGAAUAUUGAUCCUAAGAUGGUGGAGGCUAUCAACAACGAGAUUAUGGAAUCGCUGCCAGUCGUGACAUGGGACGAUAUUUCUGGAUUAGAGCACGCCAAAAAAUCUAUCAAGGAGACUAUUACUUGGCCAAUGCUGCGCCCAGACAUCUUUACUGGCCUCCGGCGACCUCCCAAGGGCUUAUUGUUAUUUGGACCUCCUGGCACUGGAAAAACCAUGAUCGGAAAGUGUAUCGCAAGUCAGUCGAAGGCAACGUUUUUCAGCAUCAGUAGCUCCUCUUUGACAUCGAAAUGGGUCGGCGAUGGAGAAAAGAUGGUUCGGGCGUUGUUCGCUGUGGCGCGGUGUCACCAGCCAGCGGUGAUUUUUAUGGACGAGAUUGAUUCUCUGCUGUCACAGCGCAGUGAUGGCGAAGUCGAAGCUUCGCGGAGGAUCAAGACAGAGUUUCUCGUCCAGUUUGACGGCGUCGGCGUUGGUGGAGAGGAGGACAGGAUUCUGAUUGUUGGGGCUACGAAUCGACCACAGGAAAUCGAUGAAGCUGCACGUCGUCGGUUUCAGAAACGCCUGUAUAUCCCGCUACCAGAGAAUCAGGGCCGUCAUAGUUUGAUGAUGAGGCUGCUGGCGACCCAGCCGCAUGAUUUGACACCGGAGCAGAUCUUGGAUAUCUGUGAACGUACAGCGGGGUACUCAGGCUCGGAUAUGACGGGACUUUGUCGAGAGGCAGCUUUGGGACCUGUACGGGCAAUACAGGGGGAUAUUUUGGAGAUUGGACUUGAUGCGCUGAGACCGAUCAACCAUAGCGAUUUUUUGGAAGCACUGUCGCAGGUUCGCGCUAGUGUGAGCGAUAGGGAUUUGAAUCUGUAUAGGAAUUGGGACAUGGAAUAUGGAUCGAUGGCUAAAGGAUGA